GAGAGCCUGGGGGGCAGCACAAAAAGCCUUUCCAAACCGGAGCGCCCGUGUCGACCGAAAGAGUCCCCUCCCUUAGCGGCACCCACGACCGUUACCCUCUACUAUUGAGUCGGACUGAAGGCGGGAGUCCUAGCCGAAAGGAGCCGCAGAAACGCCUCCCGACCUAACCCAGUACGCCAAACAGGAGUAAAUGAGGCACGGACAGGUGUCUGGAGCACACGCCUCGGCGGAAGCAAAUCUGAGACUCUUUGGAAAACAGCCCAGGAUGAGAGUUGAAAGGUCAGAGCUGAAGUGGCUGUUCCAUGAAAAAUGUAGUGGUGCUACAGCAGUUGUACAGGCAGCACUAUGCAAACCCCGGCAAGAGCGUGUAGCAAUAAAGAGGAUCAACUUAGAAAAAUGCCAAACCAGUAUGGAUGAGUUACUUAAAGAAAUCCAAGCAAUGAGUCAAUGCAAUCACCCCAAUGUGGUGACCUAUUACACAUCGUUUGUGGUGAAGGAUGAGCUUUGGCUGGUUAUGAAGCUGCUAAGUGGGGGUUCAAUGCUUGAUAUAAUAAAGUAUAUUGUCAACAGAGGAGAGCACAAAAAUGGUGUCCUUGAAGAACCAAUAAUAGCAACAAUUCUUAAGGAGGUUUUGGAAGGUUUAGACUAUCUACACAGGAAUGGACAAAUUCACAGAGAUUUGAAGGCUGGCAACAUUCUUCUGGGUGAAGAUGGUUCUGUACAAAUAGCAGAUUUUGGUGUUAGUGCAUUUUUAGCUACUGGAGGCGAUAUGACUCGUAACAAAGUAAGGAAAACAUUUGUUGGUACUCCAUGUUGGAUGGCCCCUGAAGUGAUGGAGCAGGUGCGAGGUUAUGACUUCAAGGCUGAUAUGUGGAGUUUUGGGAUAACAGCCAUUGAGUUAGCAACAGGAGCGGCGCCUUAUCACAAAUAUCCUCCUAUGAAAGUGUUAAUGCUGACGCUGCAAAAUGACCCUCCCACUUUAGAAACUGGUGUAGAGGACAAGGAGAUGAUGAAAAAGUAUGGCAAAUCCUUUAGAAAAUUAAUUUCUCUAUGCCUUCAAAAAGAUCCUUCCAAAAGGCCAACAGCAGCAGAACUUUUAAAAUGCAAAUUUUUCCAGAAAGCCAAGAAUAGAGAAUACCUGAUUGAAAAGCUUCUUACUAGAACACCUAAUAUAGCACAAAGAGCAAAAAAGGUUAGACGAGUUCCAGGUUCCAGUGGUCACCUCCAUAAAACAGAAGAUGGAGACUGGGAGUGGAGUGAUGAUGAAAUGGAUGAAAAGAGUGAAGAAGGAAAAGCUGCUGUUUCUCAGGAGAAGUCACGAAGAGUAAAAGAAGAGGAGAACACAGAGCCUCAGCCUGCUGUUAGCGAUGAAUAUAGUGAAGUUCCAUGUGCAGUGAAUCUUGUCUUGAGAUUAAGGAACUCCAGAAAAGAACUUAACGAUAUACGCUUUGAGUUUACUCCAGGCAGAGACACAGCAGAUGGUGUUUCUCAGGAGCUGUUCUCUGCAGGCCUCGUUGACGGCCACGAUGUAGUUAUAGAGCUAAUGCAUUGAAGAGUGACUCAUAAUAACUAGACUGUCGGGAAUUCUGCAGGUUUGAGAUACACCCUCAGGUAAUCAAGCUUUGCAUCUAAUAGCUUCUUCAAAGUUAUUUUAGCUAUGUAUGUCCUGUGUAAAAGGUGCACUUGAGAAAGUAUAUUGUGUGAAUAAGGCUGGUUUCAUGCACAUUCGCAUUGUACUGAAUUUUGUGUGAUGGAAACUCAGAUGUUCAAGGUGGUUAAAAAGAACACUGUGCUGGGUGAAUAGCAACUGCUGCUGUAAUGGCUUUUGUGGCUGAGCUGUGGCAUGACAUAAAUGCAUAAGAAGUUGUCAAUGUAACCAGAUUAAUCCAUACACACAUCAUUGGAAAUGUGUUCAUCUUAAAGGUACAAUCAAGUAAAUAACAAUUUUUCAUUACUUUAAGGGGGGGUGGAAAUGGAGUUGGUAGUUGCUUUCAGAGAAGGUUCUACUCACCAGUGUGAGGAACAAGUUCAUCUGUUUAUCAGUGGGAUUCGUUUGGGUUCUGCCUGAUAAAGCAGGUGAUGAUCUUAAGACUAAAAUAUUCUGUAUUCUCUCAUAGGUCUGAGUUGUGGUUUUAAGGUCUUUCAUUUGUUUUUGUUUUUUUCUUAUAUAAAAAAAAAUAAAGCAGCUAUGAAUUUGAAUCAGAAAUUGCUAAGACAGCAGUGUAAGUAAUGUUCCCCUUUCCAAUAGUAAUUUAGUUAGUAUUGUUUAUUUCCUCGGCAUUCACUUCUCCUGCAAGUAGUAUGUCAAAAUAAAGAUUUAAAGAUGUACUUAAAACUAGAGGUAGUCCAUUUCAAAACUUAACUCCUGAAAUCAGGGCUUGUUUUCUAAGUGUAUUUUUCACUGCUUCAAGUUUCAUACAAGGUAUUGAAGUAGCCUGACUGCCAUUUCAUCUUCUUAAUAGUUUUGUCAGAACAAAAUCUAUAAUUCAUUUUCUAUAAUUCAUAGCAGAUUUCAGAAAAGGAGAGGUGUGAACAUCUGAUGAGGAGAGGAGAUUACCAAGUCACAAAAUGCAUGGCAGAAUGUGACCUUGCUUUAUUUCUGCAUAGACCUACAUUUUUACUCUGAUUUGGCACAAUAAAGAUACUUGUUGAGCUGGCUUUGAUAUUUUGACAACAGUUUGAUAGGCAGCAAAACCUUUGUCUAAAAGCAAGCACUUGUUUUCUGUGUUCAGUCACUGGUAAUUGACUUUUUUCAACCUUGUACUAUGACUCACUCUUUUGUAUAGAAAAUUUAUGAGCUUGAUAUACUGUAAUAUCUCAGGCUUGUUAAACAUUCCUACUAGCAGUGUUGGGCAGCUGAUCUAAACUUUUGUUUCAGAUGUUAAUUUGAGUCUAAGCCACAGUGCAGGCUCGGAUUUUUCAAAACACUUGAAAAUGAAGGAGAAAUUGUGAUUGUAUAUUCAUACCUCAACCCUCUGAAUUCUUCUAGGUAUUGUCUACCUCCAUUAAAUGCUUGCAGAAGCUCACUCUGGAAUACAUAAGGAUUUAAAUAUCCAGAUAUGUUCUACCUAUCUUUUUAUGGCACUGUUAUAAAUGUGCAAUGGUUUGACUAAGAGUUCUUCACACUCUAUGGGAAAAUAAAAAUAUCCUGAAAACUCAGCCUUCCAUUUUUUAAAUAAGCUUCUGGGAAGUGGUACAAUGUGCCAGUUACUGCUGUGUUUUAAUUUUUAAAAAGUAUCAUAUUUUUAGAUUUUUUUCUUGGCAGGGGAUCUAAAAGUGUAGAAUAUAAUACAUUGCCUUGGGAUCAGAGGUGGCUACUAAAAAAAUUGAGAAUUUGAGUGUUUGCUCACAUGCUUUUGGUACUGAAAUACGUAUGUUUCUAGCAUUAAAAUUUCUUCUUCCAUGUCAGUGUAGUGCUUCUGCUUCAUAAAAUACGUUCUUCCAAUUGGGUGGGAUUUUUUCAGUCAAAUUACCUAGAGAAAAAUGUCUUAUUAUUUUGUCUGCCCUCCAUUUUCCAAUUUUUGUCUGUGAUCUCUGGGUAUUCUCCACAUUAGUGAAUGGUAAAGCACAGGGCUUUGAGAGCUGUUCUUAUUCCAUGAUCUCCUUUUUGUUGUGGUUUGAGUGAGGAUAAAUAUUCAAGAGCUUGAUUUGUUCUUAUAAGUAGGUCAGGAAUAUAUGCCCUGAUGCCUCUUCCAUGCCUUUGCCUCUUCUGCUCUUGAGUAGCAUAGCAUGGCUGGUUAUCAGCCAAAGCUUCGUCACAGUUCUCUUCCACCCCUUGAAACAGGAUACACCAGUGUCAAACUAGUAGUUAAAUGUCCUUAAAAAGUCUUCUGAAAGAUGUUGAAUAACCUUAACCUUUUGAUCGGUACUUCACACACACAAGAAAACUUACGUUCCUGAUUUCUGUCUGCUGUACUGGGGUUUAGAAACCAUGUGAACCUCAAGGCUGAAGUGGUUUUAAUAAUCACUUUAAGCUGUGGGAGUUGCUGACUGUCACGUAAUUGCAGUCCUGUUCACAGAGAUGCUGAAGGAGAUCUUUUCAGUUUUCCACUGUUCAAGUGGGGACUUUGGCCCUCUGUUAUUCUGUUGAUGAAUGCUGUUCUCCUGCAAAUGCGUUUUCUGACUGUAAAGCUGCAAAUCAAAACCUUGGAUAUUAAAGUAUCAAAUUUGAAAUGGAAUAAAUCAUUUUUACUGUCUUUGUAUCUCCCGAUUCAGCAAAGAGAAUUCAGACAAAUUUGUGAGCCUUAAUCUUCUUUUGAUAAAUUCCUAAUGACAGCCUCUUCAUAAAUAAUACAUUUCUAAAUGUUUUUAAUGUUUCUUCCUUAUCAGCAUCCAAUAGCAUCUUCAGAAUAGAAGCCAAGCUUGCUGUUGAUUUCUCUAUUUUCUUUCAUUUUUUUCUUAUGAGAACCAUGUCUAGCUCCUUGCAGUCCUCCAGCAAUAAACACUUGUUAAGUUAGCUGUCACAGAUCUCAAAAUGUUUUAAUAUUUCCCUUGCUACUGUUCUCAAGCAACAUAAACAAAAGAUUUUGACUAGCAUCCUGAAUGGAUGAAUUAACAGAAGCAUUCCCACCUAAAAGACACUUCUGACCUCUUUGAAAAGAUUUUUAAUCUUUCCUGCAGUUUGUGAGCUAUUAACAAACACUAGAUAGAAAUAAUCAAGAGAUCUGGAGGAAUUGUUACCAAAAAGCUAUAAAGUUUGAUUGCUAGAAUUGUUUGCAUAAUAUACUGUAAUCCAGUGCUGGCUAGGUUUCAGAGCUUGGUUUUGAUUUGGUUCUGAUCUUGCAAAUGCAUGAAAAUCACUGUGCAGUGUGAAAUACAAAUGAGUAUUUAGAUUGCAAUGGAUGUCUUGCAAUAAGUGGAACUGCCUCAUGAGUAUGCAUCAUAAAUUCAGCACUUUGGAAAAAAGCUCUAACUUGUCACUCAGACUUCCUGCUUCUUGAGACCUGCACAGGAAGAUACAGCAUUAAUCCUCAAAUCGGUAGACUCCUAAGGCAGUUAUUAAGUAGAACUCAUGUAUCAGAUGGAAAUGGCAAAAUAAACCCCUACGUCUGGGGGAGAAAUAAUAUUUGGUACGAUCAGGGAGAGCCAAUAAAUCUGUGUUGCUUUGAGUUUGGCCUUUCUAAUAGCAAUACAGUUGGAUGAAGUGGGGAGCAGCUAAAGUUGGCUACUUCUUGCUAUUUCUUACUGACUGCAUUUUGGACUACAUAAAAACAAUUUCACUUUUUAUUCAUUAAAUACAUUUUUUAUUUUCUCAGAGCUUUUUUUUUAGCAUCAGUAAUUUUGUACCCAAAUAAUGUUUGCU